CUUCCAAGCAGCCGGCCUCACCCACCUACUUGCCUCCCAUCCUGGCCGUCCGGUCCCACCUCCGGCCUGCCAGCAUGUGCCAAGCCAACAGGGCCUACAGCCGGGAGCAGUUCAAGCCUCAAGCCACCCGUAAGUGAGGGCCCUCCACUAGAGCCCCUCUUCUACCUCCCUCCGAGGGGGUGGGGGGCAGGGAGACUCGCAGCCCGCAGAGCACCGAGCAGGCAGCUAAUCAAAUUCUCACGUUGUUUAUACUGAUGCUCUUGAACCUCAGCACAUGUUAGCUUGGGGGCUGCAUGGGAAACCAGUUCGGUGUUCGUUUUCAUACAUUUUUCCAGAACUCUCUGUAACAAUUAACUGGUUUCCGCCCAUCUCUGAUGAAUGUUUGGCAGUCAGGCAUCACGGCCACUGCUCUCUCAAGCUCAGACGGUGCCUGGAACCCAGGGCUCCUCUGCACUCCAGCCUAUUUCAGGGAGCCCUUCCCCCGCACCCGUUUCUACUUGGCACCUGACAUGGCUCUUGGCCUAGCCCCUCCGACAGCUCCACGCAGCCUCCCCAUCCCGGCUGCACCGCGGCGGUCACUGAGUGUUCUUAGCCUUGCUCUGCACCCAGGCAACGUGUGGGUUUUGACGAAGCUCUCUUGUGGGUUCUUUCAACCCCUUCCUGCCUAUCAUGACGUGACCAGCUCAGGGGCACCCAGGGUAGAAGGUGCUGGGUUUGCAGAAGCCCUACCCAUGUUACCCUGGAGCGAGCGUGCCCAACUGGGAACACGGACCAUGAAUGGGGGUGCUCUUCACGCCUUAACUAGGCCACGUCCGGGCCCGACAGGAGAUCUGGAGAAGGAGAAGCGAAGACUUCAAAAUAUUUUUGCCACCGGGAAGGAGCCAGCGGAACGGAAAAGAAAGCCCCCUCCUGUGCGGCAGGAGAACCCAGCCCCUGAGCUGGACCGGUUUGAAGAACUGGUAAAGGAAAUCCAGGAGAGAAAAGAAUUCCUGGCUGACAUGGAGGCCCUAGGGCAGGGCAGACAGUACCGAGGGAUCAUCCUCACUGAAAUCUCCCAGGUAGGAGAAGCAACAGGGAAAUGGAGUGGGGGGGGGGAGGGGGCGAUGCACCCCUGUGAGUGUGGAGGACGAGAUGUGAGCGGGAAUAAAGGGUCAGCUGCGGCCGUUUCGGGAGUCCGGCUCUAGCCUCACAUCUGUGGUGGCUCCUGGAGUUCCUUCCCUGAUCCCCAGCUUUCCCUGAUGCCCUCUGCAGAAACUACAGGAAAUGGAAGACCUUGACCACAAGAGGAGUGAGGAACUUAGGAAGGCUCUUGCCACCACUUAAUCUGCCUCCGGAGGGGGGCGGGGCAGCCCAACCUCUACCACUGGAGCCCACCCCCUUGCCAAGCAAGGUCACCCCCAGGUCAGCCCACCCACCCCGGCCUUCAGCCAUGUAAAUGGUUGUAUAGCACUGCCCCCACCUAGGGUACCCUGGACAUAGCACCCUAGAAAAUGGACCACGUCUCAGAAAAUGAGCUGAUUCUCCUUGAGACUCUGCCCAGGGAUCCUCGGUCAGCUGAGCCUCAGACCAGUCACAGAUACAGACACAGACACACACACGAGUCUCUUCUUGGGGAAAGAGCCCCACACACAGUGAAAGCAAGGAUCCAGGUCUCACCAUCUUGGGUGUAUGUCUAAGGGCAUCCACUGGGCUCCCUUCCCACGGCCUCACCCACUGCGUGUCCCUGUGUCCGGCACAUUAGGUUUUCUGAACUUAGUAAUGAAUAUGAUUCCUUUCUUCCUACCUGUCUUAGGACCUACUUAUUUGACUUCUUACAGCUUUAGACAAAUAUUUGACCACUAUGAUUAACAGGCUAAUAAAACACAUUUAACAUAGGUCAUUAUGCACACCAUUUUGUUUUCAGAGGGAUAAACCUUAUUUGUUCAAGGAGUUAGAAUUUUUCAAGCCCAGUUGGUUUCUAGCUGUUUUGCAUAUUUCAAGUGAAAAUGGAACGAAGGCUCCUGGAGCACCCCAUGGCCGGGCGCUACGGUAGGUGCCGGUGUCACUCUCGGCAGAUUCUCUCAACAAAUGCCUGCGAUGGUUCAUUAUCCCUAUGUGAAAACCAGGGCUCACCAAGAUGCUAUGACCAGAGUCAUUUAACUAGCAAGUAGCCUACUCAGGAUUAAAAGUUAGCUUUCUGUCUUUCCACCGAACGCACAGCCCAUAGAAAGAAACCCAAAGGGGUGGGAGGGACCCAGACUGAAGGGGCCCUGCUUUGGAAGUCCACUCCCAGCCCGUGCAGUCUGAGCCCGGCAGCCUCGUCUCCGACGGCUCGCCUGUGCAGCCUGCCUCAAAGGGCUGCUGAGGAGACAUCCGCCCACAGGAGCAGUGCCCCAGGCCUGGUGCACAGCACAUGGCAGUCCCCAUGUCUUGACAACCACAAGCCUUAUGGUCUCCAGUAUUCUGUCAUUUUCCUGUCCCCAUAAAUCAAAGUAUUUGAGAAAUUUCAACCAACCAUCCCACUUGGAGGGAUUCAUAUAAUCCUCUCGGGCCACAUGACCCAAGUUUGGGUUUGCAGAAUAAACAUGGCCCUGCAGCCUCAAACAAAUAAACAGAGAGGACCAGAUCAAGGGCUGGGCUCUGGAACAUUCCAUGAGAAGCCUGUAUCCACACACCCUCCAGAACCUGAGGUGCAACAUGACGAGGACAGCCGCCCUCCACCUUGAAGGCCCCA